AUGGCCGCACUGCAGGAGAAGAAGUCCUGCGGCCAGCGCAUGGCCGAGUUCCAGCACUACUGCUGGAACCCAGACACGGGGCAGAUGCUGGGCCGCACCCCGAUCCGGUGGGUGUGGAUCAGCCUGUACUACGUGGCCUUCUACGUGGUCAUGACUGGGCUCUUCGCCCUGUGCCUCUACGUCCUGAUGCAGACCAUCGACCCGUACACGCCCGACUACCAGGACCAGUUAAAGUCACCGGGGGUGACCUUGAGGCCAGACGUCUACGGGGAGAGAGGGUUGGAGAUCUGCUACAACGUGUCUGACAGCAGCUCCUGGGCGGGCCUCACGCACUCCCUCCACAGCUUCCUGGCAGGCUACUCUGCAGCGGCCCAGCAGGACAGCAUCAACUGCACCUCUGAGCAGUACUUCUUCCAGGAGGGCUUCAGGGCCCCCAACCACACCAAGUUCUCCUGCAAGUUCACCGCGGACAUGCUGCAGAACUGCUCGGGCCUGCCGGACCCACACUUCGGCUUUGGAGAAGGGAAGCCGUGCUUCAUCAUCAAGAUGAACAGGAUUGUCAGGUUCCUGCCCAGCAACGGCACGGCCCCCCGAGUGGACUGCACGUUCCUGGACGGGCCCCACCCGGACGCAGGGCCCCUGCAGGUGGCGUACUACCCGCCCAACGGCACCUUCAGCCUGCACUACUUCCCCUACUACGGGAAGAAAGCUCAGCCCCACUACAGCAACCCUCUGGUGGCCGCGAAGAUGCUCAACGUCCCCACCAACACAGAGGUCGUCAUCGUGUGCAAGGUCCUCGCGGAGCACGUGACCUUCAACAACCCCCACGACCCGUACGAGGGGAAGGUGGAGUUCAAACUCAGACUCCAGGAGUGA